GUCCUUACGGACACUUUCCAACGCCAACACACCUACCUGCGGCUUUCCUUAACAGAACGCUGUAACUUACGGUGUACAUACUGCAUGCCCGAAGCGGGUGUUCCGCUGCAGCCCGCCUCGCAUUUAUUACAAACCCCGGAGCUGUUGAAUAUUGCGACGUACUUUCGUCAGGCAGGCGUCACGAAGUUUCGUCUCACGGGUGGGGAACCGACACUACGGAAAGACUUGCUCGAUGUGGUGAAAGGCUUAAAGAGACUGGAUCCGCAUCAAAUUGGGAUGACAUCAAAUGGAAUCAAGCUACACAAGGAACUGCCUGAUUUGGUCGAAGAAGGGCUGGAUUCUCUUAACAUUUCACUGGACACUGUCGAUGCUGAUAAGUUUGCAACGCUGACAAGGCGCCCGGCAGCUUAUCUUGAUCGGGUAUGGCAAAGUAUCGACGUUGCGCACGACUUGUUAAAGGAUCAUGGAUCGGUCAAACUGAAUUGUGUCGUCAUGCGUGGUACCAACGACGACGAGGUUGCCAACUUUAUUCAACUUACCGAAACGUAUCCAGCUCUAUCGGUCCGGUUCAUUGAGUACAUGCCCUUUUCCGAAAAUGGUUGGAAUUGGGACAAGUGUGUCCCGUAUCAAGAGCUACUUGAUCAGCUAGAGACGGGUAUGUUGAAAGCUGUGCCGGUAAAAGAUCCUCACGACACUACUAAAUGGUUUCGAACCGCCUCGGGGGGUAAGAUUGGUUUCAUCACCAGCAUGAGCUCACAUUUUUGCGCGGGGUGCAACCGCAUUCGAUUGGCGGCCGACGGGAGUCUCAAGGUAUGUCUGUUUGAUGGUGUAACGGAGAUCUCACUGCGGGACGCAGUCCGGGACUACGACUUUACUGAUACGGAGUUGGGCAAACUUGUGCAUUACGCGAUUCAAAAGAAAAAAUUUUCUCUUGGCGGACACAAGGAUCCACAAGACAUUAUGAACGAUGCGGCCAACAACAGACCCAUGACGCUGAUCGGAGGAUAA